GAGAGGUCAAGAGAGAGGGAGAGGUCGAGAGAAAGAGAGCGGGACAGAGAGGGGUACAUGAGGCAGCAGACAGCACCUACCCAGCAGCCCCUCAGCUGUCGUCCCAGCAGCCUCGCCAGGCCUCGUUUCUGAGGAUGGAGAGUGAGGCAGGCUACAUCCUGUCUCUCACCCCUCCAUCUCCCCCCGCUACAGCCGCCCCGUCUCACCCACAGGGGGGAGGGGGUUCCGGGGGUAGUGGCCUCAUGGUUCUGCCGCCCCCUGCCCCCUCUGUGGAUGUGGAUGAUGAGUUUGUGUUUGCGGACCCACUGCCCCCUCCGCUGGAGUUUGCCAACAGCUUUGACCGGGGUGGAAUGUCAGGUUACACACACCGUGCCAUUAUCAACAACCUGGCCUCCCGCCAGCAGCAGCCCCCACCACCUCCCCCUCCUCCCCCACCACCCCCUCCAAAAGACAUGUUUAUCAGUGGGUUCCCGGCCCACACCCCCCUACCCUCCCCACAGGCGGGGGACUCUACCACCUCCAGCCUUACCUCCUAUGACAGUGAGGUGGCCAACCUGACCCAGUCAGGAAACUCCCCCACUCAGACAUCACCCAACCCCCUUCCUCCACCCUCACCCUCUGGCCUCCAGCCCACAGGACCCCCACCUCCUCCCUCUGUCUCCCCCCCACCCCCACCCAGCUCCUUUCACAGACCCUCCCUUGCCAUGACCCACUCUCACCACCUCUACAACAGCACGCACACCGGGCGCUCCUCUCCUUCCCAUGGGCGUUCCUCCCCCACUCCUCCCAAAGGUCGCUUCUCCCCCACCCAGGGUCGCUCCUCCCCCACCCAGGGUCGCCCCUCCACCAUCCAUAGGAGCUCGUCCCCCACCCAGGGUCGCCCCUCCACCAUCCAUAGGAGCUCGUCCCCCACCCCUCCUCCCCACUCCAUUGCAGGUUCCCCAUCCUACCGUGGUCCCCCUCCCAUCUCCUCCACCGCAGCCUCCUCUGGCCCCUUCCGGGGCUCUGCAGCCCUGACCUCCACCGCUCCCUGUACCACCACCACCACCACCACCGCUGCCACCACCACGAGGACCUCAGUCCAGCCCCACCAAGACAGGACACACCCAGCCCCCUCUGGUUCUACAGCGGCCGGCCGCAGGAUAGGGGAGCACCACCCUCACCCCACAGCCAAGGCAGGGGAGUCCCAGGAGACGGUGGUGGACUCUGGGAUAGAGGAGCUGGACAGCCGCAGCAGCAGUGACCACCACCUGGACAACAUCCUGGCCAUGAGCGGAGGAGCCAGAGAGAGGCUGGAAGAGAGGCUGGAGAGAGGGAGGGAGGGAGGAGGAGGAGGGGAGGGAGACAGGGCGGGAGGAGCAGACCUCCUGGAGUCGUACAUGAGCUACCUGGACGGACAGACGUUUGACAUGCACAACGCCACAGCCGCCGUCUCCACCUACCCCAAAUCAGGCAGGUUCAGGGAGGGGGGGCGUGCGGCUGAACUACGCAGAGAGACCGGUACCGCCCUGCCCUCCUUCCAGUCACACAGACGGAGGGAGGAAGAGGAGGAGGAGGGCGAGGAAGGAGAGGAGGAGGACGAUAGAGGACGGGAGGGUUAUGGGAUGACACAGAAUUUGGGGCGUCCCACGUCACCCUACUUUGACCGGCCCCGGACCCCUGAGAUGAAGCCUCUGUGGGGGUCAGAGGGUCAGUUAGUAGGGGACCAGGGGACCUACCUGGAGGGCCGGAGGCUGUACCCCCCCAUAUCCAGCAUGAAGGCCAGCAUCAUCAAUGAGCUCAGCAACAAACUGCAGCAGAGAGGGAGCCAGAGAUCACUAAGUAGACACAGGUUUUCAGAAGACUCCGCCUCGGCCCUGAGCCCCCCCUCAGUUCGUUCCCUGUCCCCCUCCCCUAUCCACCACUCCCAGCCCGCCCUGUCCCUGUCCCCCACCCCUUCCUCUCAGUACCCCAACUGGAACCGUCCCCUGUCCCCCCAGCCCCCUGUGGCUUCCGUACAGCCCCCUCCACGCUCCCACUCCCCCCUGUCCUCCCCCACCUACUCCCCUUAUCCCACCUCCCCUAAACACCGGCCUGUGUAUCGCACCAAAGCCCUGGAGUUCCAGUUCAUUCCAAGUAGAGAGUCCAGGAAGGCAGAGUCCCACCACCUGCAGCGUAGGAGAGCCCCCAGUCCCCUCAUCUCCCCCUCAGAGAGGCCCAAACUGGGUCCCCCCCGCCCCUCCUCCCUCCCCCUCCUCCCCACCACACCCCUCUACAGCAGCCUUUACGAGCUCCGCGGCUCUAUGACCCCGCCCUCACCCGCUAACCACAUGGGGGACCCCUACUUCUCCCCCUCCCCUCCUCUCUUCGCCCCCUCUGGCGCCCCUCCUCCCCCAAACGCCUCCCUGUUGGUGUCUCGCUCCCUCUCCCCCACACACUUUUUAUCUGGUAGCUCAUCCCCUCCCCUGCACCCUCUCCCUGCUCCCCCCUGCCUGAGUUACCCCCACCUCCCUCCUCCAUCCCCCUCCAAGCCCUUUGCCUCCAAGCCACUGCCUUAUUGGACCAAAUACGACGUGGCUGAUUGGCUGGGAUACCUGAACCUGGGCGAGCACAGGGAGCAUUUCCUGGACAACGAGAUCGACGGCACUCACCUGCCCUCCCUCACCAAGGAGGACUAUCUGGACCUGGGGGUGACGCGUGUCGGACACCGCAUGAACAUCGACCGUGCUCUGAAGAGAGUGACUGACAGGCUCUCCAGCUCUCCUUUUCCCAUUUCUGCUCUGUCACCACGAGGAAGAAGGGAUGAUGGGAGUCGGAGCUGAGAAGACAAACAGAAAGAGAAAGGAGGGGGGAUGGAGUCAGUGAGGGAACAGGAGAGAGAGAGGACACAACUGCUGCUAUCCAUGAUGGAUUCACACAACAAAAGCAGAGAACCUGAUUUCACCCAGAGGGAGGACCGAUCAGGAAAAGAGAGGGGAAAUGAGGGAUGGAAUAAGAGCUGACCAAUGCCUGGUACUCAGGGCCUGGUAGCUGACUCACACAGAUACACUCACAUGCACACAAAUACAGUAACACACACAAGAACUGACUCUAUGUCAACACACACACACAAACACUAUGAGGAUGGAAUGACUGAAUGUAGAUUGAGGCAACAAAUAACAAUAGGAGUAAAAUAGUGACAAAACUUAGCCCAAAAUAUUGAGAGAAACAAUCAAAUGUUGUUUAGCUUUUUCAUCUGAGCAGUUCUUAGUGUUGUUGGGGAAAGAAAGAAUGAGGAUUGUCCUCAUUAUUAACACUAGUUAGAGCUUUCUCCACCUGUCUUCUCUGGGUAGCUGUAGUUCCUCCUCUCUACCCUAGGGUUAGGUAGUUCCUCCUCUCUACCCUAGGGUUAGGUAGCUCCUCCUCUCUACCCUAGGGUUAGGUAGCUCCUCCCUCUUACCCGAGGGUUAGGUAGCUCCUCCUCUCUACCCGAGGGUUAGGUAGCCCCUCCUCUUUACCCUAGGGUUAGGUAGCUCCUCCUCUCUACCCUAGGGUUAGGUAGCUCCUCCUCUCUACCCUAGGGUUAGGUAGCUCCUCCUCUCUACCCUAGGGUUAGGGUUAGGUAGCUCCUCCUCUCUACCCUAGGGUUAGGUAGCCCCUCCUCUUUACCCUAGGGUUAGGUAGCUCCUCCUCUCUACCCUAGGGUUAGGGUUAGGUAGCUCCUCCUCUCUACCCUAGGGUUAGGUAGCCCCUCCUCUUUACCCUAGGGUUAGGUAGCUCCUCCUCUCUACCCUAGGGUUGGAUAGCUCCUCCUCUCUACCCAAGGGUUAGGUAGCUCCUCCUCUCUACCCUAGGGUUAGGUAGCUCCUCCUCUCUACCCUAGGGUUAGGUAGCUCCUCCUCUUUACCCUAGGGUUAGGUAGCUCCUCCUCUCUACCCUAGGGUUGGAUAGCUCCUCCUCUCUACCCUAGGGUUAGGUAGCUCCUCCUCUCUACCCAAGGGUUAGGUAGCUCCUCCUCUCUACCCAAGGGUUAGGGUUAGGUAGCUCCUCAUCUCUACCCAAGGGUUAGGUAGUUCCUCCUCUCUACCCUAGGGUUAGGUAGCUCCUCCUCUCUACCCUAGGGUUAGGUAGCUCCUCCCUCUACCCUACGGUUAGGUAGCUCCUCCUCUCUACCCUACGGUUAGGUAGCUCCUCCUCUCUACCCAAGGGUUAGGUAACUGUAGUUCCUCCUCUCUACCCAAGGGUUAGGUAGCUGUAGUUCCUCCUCUCUUCCCAAGGGUUAGGUAGCUGUAGUUCCUCCUCUCUACCCUAGGGUUAGGGUUAGGUAGCUCCUCCUCUCUACCCAAGGGUUAAGGUUUGGUAGCUGUAGUUCCUCCUCUCUACCCUAGGGCUAGGGUUAGGUAGCUCUUCCUCUCUACCCUAGGGUUAGAUAGCUGUAGCUCCUCCUCUCCACCCUAGGGUUAGUUAGCUGUCUAGCUCCUCCUCUCUACCCUAGGGUUAGUUAGCUGUCUAGCUCCUCCUCUCCACCCUAGGGUUAGUUAGCUGUCUAGCUCCUCCUCUCUACCCUAGGGUUAGUUAGCUGUCUAGCUCCUCCUCUCCACCCUAGGGUUAGUUAGCUGUCUAGCUCCUCCUCUCUGCCCUAGGGUUAGUUGUCUAGCUCCUCCUCUCUACCCUAGGGUUAGUUAGCUGUCUAGCUCCUCCUCUCUACCCUAGGGUAAGGAUUAGGUACAGUAGCUGUCUAGCUUGACUGUUGUUGGCUCCAUAGCUGGCUGUUUGUUCAGAUGUGUUCAGUUUCAUUAGAGACUCCCCUUACAGUUAGUGGAGUACAGUCAAUGAAACCCUGUGUGAGUGAAUAGAAAUGUUAAGAGCUCUUUGUCUGAGUGAAUGUCAUUGCUGGAGCGAGUUAUUGGGAUGAAUAUUCAUGUCCAUAUUCUGUAGUUCAGAAUAUGGGCAUGAAUGAGACAAGGUGGCAGCCUACAUGCAUGUCUUGGGUAAUGUCGUAGGUGGAGUACCUCUAGUAGGGGUCAGUGUGUCAUCAGCAGAGCCCCUGCCUGUUGGACUGAAUAAUAUGACUUGUCCCCUGUUGGAAAGAGCUUGAUGGGUAAAUCCUCACUUGACUGUAGUGGCUGUGACUGGAGGAAACUUGUCAGUAUGACUGUGUGUGAUUGGUUGUCUGUUUUUACCUCACUAAUGGGACGGCUCCAUGCUCACUGAAGGCCCUUCAAUAAGGACCUGUAAACACAUUCUAUUUCUCUAUAGCUUCUUUAUCAUCUUAAGUCUUAUAACGGCAUAUUAUAUACAGACUGGUCACUGUAUUACAAAUCUGUAGCAAAAAUAAGUGCCCAGACCAACAGCAUAGAAAUAAACACACAGACAUGUACACCCUCUCACUCAAUACACUAUACUGGCACAUACAAAAAUGCACACUUACAAAUGCUCAUGUAUGUAAUGUACACACAUAUUCACAUUCUCUCUGCCACACACAGACACACACACACUCUCUGUGUUUAUGUUAGAAUUAAUGGGACACCUUAAAUAUAUUUGUUUGGAUCCAAGAUGUAUCUGAUACUAAAAGGGACUGUGAUUUCAGAGAUGGAGGGAAUGAAUACAUGACAUAAACAGUAUCUCAUUGAAGAUUGACUCCAUUUAUACGAAAGACUUUCGAAGCAUCGAAGCAACUGCUAUUCAACCGUUCUAAAGUUCUCUGUGCAAGAGAUUGAGACUGAAAAGGAGGGGGGAGGGAAAGAGAAACAAACUGCCAAAUCUUCCUCUUUCCCACCCAAUCCCCCCACUCCUUCCAAAAACUCUUUCUACAGAAGCAUGAGAACAUAAACUGAGGCCCAAAUGAGUGGGAGGAGAGAUAUGUUCUGUUUUAAUACUACAAUUGUUCUUACAACAAUUUUUUUACUUAAGAUGGGUCUGGAAUACUGCUAUUGAUAUGAAGAGAAAUAAUGUUACUAUUAUCAUUACUAUCAUCGUCCUUACUGUUAUAAGGUGCAGUUCUCCGUUCUGCCUUUCAUGGCUGAGGUGGCGCUCUUUUGCAUUUUAGGCAAUGUAUUUUCAUAAUUUUGCCAGUAGUUAGUCGAUAUAAUCCUAUAAAAUUGUUAGGAGAUUCAUGACUGUAGGUCAAACUAUGACACCAUGGUGUCUAACAAUUUAAAAUGUAUAUAAAUAUAAAACUAUAUUGUUACCUCCAAAAAUACAGAAAAAAUAUCUAUUUAGUUUGAUGUACAAAAUGCUUUACAUAUCAAGGCUUUUGUCUAGUCAUAAAACCACCACAUUUACUUUGCCCUCUUGUUUUGGUAUAAUAUUUUGAAAUGGUUUGACUGAUGUAUGCUUCAGAUUGACAUUGAGGCCUAGAUUCAAUCCGGAGGGUGGAAGACCCGCGUUACAGCACGAUUGGCAUUUAAAGACAAUGUUCCCAGCAUUCCCAGAGACUGCAUUCACAGUACACACUGCAUUCCCAGAGACUGCAUUCACAGUAAACACUGCAUUUGUCAGCUCAAUUGGAAAUGACCGCUCAAUGUCAAUUGCGCUAUAACGAGGAUAUUCCGCGUUCUGGGUUGAAUCUAGCCCUAAAUAUAUUUUUAUGCAAGAAUUACUCUGCCAUCCAAGCUUCCUCACUUUGAGGCAGCGUCUGUGUAUAAAGCUGUGACUAUACGUAUCACUUUAAACCUCACUGUGUGGAAGCCAAAGUUAGAUUCACUACAUUGUCAUUAUUCACAUUAUUUUAUGCAGAUCAAGAUGUAGCUAUUGUGCCCUGGAAAUGGCCACGAGACAAAUGGUAUUGUGAAAAAGAUGCAUAUAAUUAUUCACAUGAAAUUUGUUUCUAUUUUGUACAUUUCAAGUCAUUAUGGAUCAUUAAAGUAGUAUUUUAUUUGAUA